GAAUAGUGGCGUUACUGUUGAUUCACGUUAGUCCAGUAACAUGUUUGUACCAAUAGCGUUACAGUUAUGUAGCCGCAUUAAACAUGCUGCCUUAAACGUCAAGCUUUGAAGGAUUGGCGUGUGGCUGAUUGCUGACGUUUGGUUCCUAGUCCACAGUUUUUUUAUAUUCACUUCGUCAAACACCUUUUUUGCGUUUCCGUUUCCUGUUGUUAUAGCUAACUACUAAUCAUCUUACACUAUUCCAGUCACAUACUGCGCACCACGUAUGUCACUGCAAUUCUGGAAGUAGUGAUGCUCAAACUCAACAGUCUGCAACAUAUGAGGCUUCCCAGCCAGCACUUCUGGCGCACUUUGUAAGUUUUGGGCAAACGCUCGAAAAACUUACUCCAGGCUAGAACGGGGAGACACACGGUAUACCCCAAGGCUGUCAAAAGUUUAGAAGUGUGCCUAAAGUUUAUCCACGAAAGUGUCAACAGUUCCAAAGUAUUCCCAAAGGCUCCAGAUCGGUUUUUUUGAACAUAUGGAGUUAUUAUACCAUGAGGACAUUCCACUUAGUCUGAUUACCGAACAAUUACCUGGAUGUGUUUGUGAAGAUAUUUGCAGUUUAAAUAGUGGAUGUUCUUGUCUAUCAAAAUCUGGGAGAUCAUAUGAUUUGAAUGGACUACUAGUUGAUUUUGUCAAACCUGUUUUUGAAUGCAACAGUGAAUGUACUUGCAGUCAAUCGUGUGCUAACCGUGUAGUCCAGAACUAUCUGAAAGAUUUUCAGAUAUCAUUUGAGUCUGAUCGUCAUACUAAAACUUGUGUGAGCAACUAUUCAGUUAUGGGUAGAGGUUUAAAGGCUAUCAACGACAUACAACAGGGGGAACUUGUUUGUGUUUAUUUGGGUGAAGUAAUCCCAUAUGAGGAAGCCUGUUUAAGAGAAUCUCGUCAACUUUCCUGCCAAGGUCGUAAUUAUAUUAUGAUAAUGCGUGAAUACAGUGAAAAUCGUCUUGUUUCAGAGACAUGUGUUGAUGGAAAUCCGGAAUCAUGGGGUUCAGUGAAAUCGAAAGCAUGCCUAAUUAAUCAUUCCUGUACGCCCAAUCUAACAGUGAUGCCUGUUCGAGUUGACAGUUUUAUUCCUUAUUUGGCGUUAUUUGCAAACAAAACUAUUCCAUCGGGCACACAAUUAUCGUAUGAUUAUGCUCAAUCUGUACCAGAUGACAAAAUGCGAUUAUCAACUACACCUUGCUUGUGCAACUCAGAUUCAUGCCGUACAUAUAUGCCUGGAGUAUAAACACAAUUUGUGUGUAUGUUUACAAGAUUUUGGUUUCUCUGGAUAUCUGACUUGUAGAGUCCAUUAAGAAUUCAUAGACAGAAUUUCCUACCGUCAAAAGUCGCACUUAAUGAGGCUUUCAAGAUAUACAACCGUUUGGUUUCCAUUGUUGGCUUUAUCGAUAUGAACUGAAGGUCACAAGUCAACAUCGUCAUCGGUUGUAAUUGCUGGAUUAAAACUGCCCUUUUGUAUAAAAAGAAAAAAUGUUUUCAUAUGUUAAUUUUUUGGACAAAUGUUUCACUAGUGUUGUUAUUUUCCAAAAAUGUUCAAAAUAAACUUUAUAAAGAGUAGUCAACAGGGAAAAUUUUAUCGUUGACUACUAAAGACAACUGAAUUAUUGAACUGUAGAAACAUGGUUACGUUCUUUUACCGAGGUCACUACGCGUACGUAUAAUCUUGAUCAGUACCCUAUUUCAAUUAUAAAUUCUGAUAAAAAAAGGAGUGAUACAUUUGGCAGUCUUCAGUUAAUGGUUAUGUG